CUUGUUGUUACUGUCCAAUUCCUCGAUCCCAACGGUGCUCUGUUGGUCGCAUACACUUCGCGAUGAUGGAUCCCGCCGAGUCUUCCAAAGCCGGUUUGCAGCGUAUGAGACGCCUUGCGGCAGCUCCGCCCACGAUCAAAGAUGCCAGACACCUCAUUACAUCUCACCUUGUCUACCCCUCGCCUUCCGGCUUUCUCAUCACGCCCAUCUAUGACUCUUAUCCACCUCGACCUAUACCCUUUCCGCCCAUCAUGUCACCUGUAAAGUUUCUGUGGCAACACGGUGAUUGGAUCACGACGUAUCAUCCGAAUAUUGUCGGUGAAGGUGGACAACUAGGCAUAUAUCCUAAGGGCAUAUUGUCGCCUACCAUGGUUCCAGCCAACGUACUCGGAUUGAAUCAUGCGACUCUGGCAUUGGACAAGGAACCUAUAGAAGUAUUACCUUUAUACACAUCUGGAGAUGGCCCGCCAUCCUGGAGACCAGAGCAUGGCCCGGUCUUGCUGGUCUUGACGACGAAAGCAUUGUUACUGGUCCACCCAUCAAGUCAAGCGUACAAAUACACUUCCACCAUGAUCCAGUGUCCAAUCCACAUGCGGUGGCGAGCAUCAGUAGGUGAACAGGUGCCUGUCGACAGUGGGUACGCUAUCGAACGGGGAUGGAUGGGAGAAGCUGGGGAUGCCGCAUGGGUUGCGACGGAAAGUGAAGGCGAGCUGCGAAUGCUGCGUGCCGAGGUGGGCAUGUCCAGAGAUGAUACGUGGUAUCUCGAGGUGACUCCGCUGCCCGCAUUGCCCGUCAGGGGCCUUCAAGGUGUCGUAUUCAUGCCCUUUGAGGAUGGCGUCGAAGCGGUGGUCAUUCAACCUCGCGCAGCCCACACGUACACCAUUCAACGGCAAGAGGCAGAGCUGGUCAACAGUUUCGCUGAGUUGUCCGAAGCCACCAGUCAGGUCUCGUGGGACUGGUUCGUAUCCGGUUCACGGACUGCAUCCCUGCCUGGCAUCAUCGAGGCUAUACAGGUCGGCCCUAAUUUCAUUGUCGUCUUGAGUACCGACGACGGCGUCAUGCUGGCCCAGAUGGAUCGCCUUUGGACAAUACAAAGCAAAGUAGAUCUAGGUCCACGGAGGGUCGACGGCAUCAUGUGCAGUCAAGGAGCUCUAGGCGGCACAUUGGGGCUCGUGGGUAUACACGAUGGACGAGAGAUUCUUCUCGUACCUUUCCCGUUGCAAGAAGACCUCGCCAGUUCCGCCUACGAUUCCAUCCUCUCCGCUAUCAAUGACGGCUCUGACUGGUCCGACGUCGUCCGAGCUGCCUUUGCGUCAAGGAAGCCCAACCUAGCUCGGGACAUUCUCCAGCUUGCACGGCUCGAUGCAGACCAUCUGUUGCAACUACAGGUCGCCGUCUUUGGACAUUCCCACCAGAAUCAACUCCGCGACGUCUCAGCCGAGAUGCUUCGACUUCGCCAAGCGAGUGGCCUAUUCACCCUCGCUGCCCAAUUCGAAAAGAUCAUCAAGUUUGAUUGCGUUUGGCCCCUUGUGACCGUUGCCGAAUGGUCGUUCUGCACCCUGUCGUCCAUCUUCCGAGAUGUGAUACUCAAGGACGCCGUUCGAUCCCUGCACGUUCUCGUUCCUCACGCCCGUAGCACCAUUCUCGUCCUCUUGUCUCAGCUGGACGCAUUCUCAUCCUACGUGGCGGGGCUGGAUCACCCUAUACCUCAACCACAAACUCGAUACAUGCCCACGAGUCUCAGUGGGGAUCCCCGUGCCACGAUCCUGGCCAAGGAUCGCAUGAGAAAUUUAGCCUCGAGUCAUGGCGUGGAGAUCGAACGUUGGGGUAAAGAGUUACAGGCGAUACACAUGCGGCCGACUGAGGAGGAGUCGCUUUUUCUCCAGCCAGAGCUCGUCCCUGUACGCCUAAAGGCAUUGACUUUACCGGCGCCAUCGUCCUUGUUCUUAAACGAAUCUGAGUCACAGAUUUACGACGCUGUCACCUUUGCGCCUAUUGCUGGGGACGUUGGGCUGAUAUGUGAUCGAUGUGAGAGCAGGACGGUAGCAUCGUUUGGCGUGACAGGCGGAGACUCAAUCUGGGAGAAGUGGGUCAAAGAUCGGGAGGAAAGUUGCGGUUGUGGUGGAUGUUGGGUGAGAGGAAGAUGAAAUAGCCACACUAUAUAUGCAUGGUGCAAUAAUGAUUUUUG